UCGUAAAAUGCACGCCAGCUUGCAGGCCGCCACCCCAUUAAGUCCGUACAGAGUUCCGUACAAAAAGCCUCGACGGCCAACCCUCUCCCUCUCCCUCCCUCCUCCUUUCGCUCUGGCCGCGAUCGCAGUACGGAGCGAUAACCAUCGUGCUUCGUUACGCGGUCUUCUUCCCGGGUUGCCGACCCUCUCCUCCCCCUUUUCUAUGCUUCUCCCUCCCGGUGUCCCGUUCUUGGCCCCUCUAGGUCUCGUCGACGAGCGAACCAGGGAGGAAGAAAAGACGACGAGUAGAAACCCUAAUUCCUCGCAGUGGCGGUCAUGUCGGCCAGGCCGUUACCUUAUUCGAUGCAAGACGUCGAUUACGACAAUGCCAAGUUCCGCCACCGAUCCCGAUUCAAGGUGAUUACUCAGGCAUUGAUUCCUAGUAGCAUCAGACAUGACUGCAGAAGAUGUAGUAUAGAAAUUUUUUUAAUGCUAUUGAUGAUUGCUGGGUUAGCAUACUUAAUGGUAAUGCAUAAGGUUUCCAAUCAUUCAACAUCCAGUGCUCUUUUAAAUGAUGCUUUGGUUGGGGAAAAUAAACUUUGCAAGGGAGGUGUCCAUACAAUUGGAAGAUUUUGGAGAAAGCCUCCAAGGCUUCCUCCUCAGCUUCCUUCUGAUAAGGGCGUAAGUACUUCUGAUUUUGAUCCAAACAAACUAUAUCCCAUGUCUGAAUGGAUAUCUAGGCAACAAAAGGUUAAAGAGGCGUUUCUCCAUGCUUGGUCUGGCUAUAAAUCCUAUGCAAUUGGUUAUGAAGAACUAAUGCCCUUGAGUCAUAGAGGAAUUGAUGGUUUGGGAGGUCUAGUUUCCACCAUUAUAGAUUCCUUGGAUACAGCCACGAUAAUAGGUGCUGAUGAAAUUGUUUCUGAAGCAGAAAUGUGGAUAGAAGAACACCUUAUGGAAAGAAUCAAUACAAAAGGGAAGGACAACUUAUUUGAAACAACCAUUCGUGUUUUAGGGGGCCUUCUCAGUGCUUAUCAUUUAAGCGGGGGUGAACAUGGCACCUUGGAAGGUGGAAUAUCUGUGAAUCUUAAAGGAGCUAAACCAGAGGUCUUCCUGAAAAUAGCAAAGAAUUUGUCUGACAAGCUGUUAGCUGCUUUUACUUCAAGUCCAACAUCCAUUCCUUUCAGUGAUGUCAUUCUUCAUGAUAAUACAGCCCAUCCUGCUCCAGACAGCUUGAGCAGUACUUCUGAAGUUUCAACCUUACAACUUGAGUUUAACUACCUCAGUAAAAUUUCAGGUGAUCGAAGAUAUGGUUCAGAGGCAAUGAAGGUAUUGAAACAUUUAAGGACGCUUCCCAAGGUGGAAGGUCUGGUGCCUAUAUACAUCAGUUCCCCAUCUGGUCAUUUUAAUGGAGACAACAUUUGGCUGGGAUCUCGUGGUGACAGUUACUAUGAGUACUUAAUUAACGUGUGGAUUCAACAAAAAAACAGUCGCAAUAGUCAGCUAAAGUAUCUUUAUGAGAUAUAUACAGAAGCAAUGAAAGGGGUCAGACAUCUUCUUGUGCGGGAGUCAAUACCCAAAGGGUUGGUUUUGGUUGGGGAGCUGCCCUAUGGAUCUAAUGGUGGCUUCAGCACCAAAAUGGAUCACCUGGUCUGUUUCUUUCCAGGUACCCUAGCACUUGGUGCAACCAAUGGUAUCACAAAGAAAAAGGCAAUUGAAGGUAAUUUGUUAACUGCAGAAGACAUGGAAAAUUUAAAGCUUGCUGAAGAUCUGGCAAAAACAUGCUUUGAAAUGUAUUCUGUGACUUCUACUGGUCUUGCUCCUGAAAUUGUUUAUUUCCGUAUUAAGGGUGGUUCUGAUGGAGGACCUGGUGGAGGUAACAAGAGCUCCGAGUAUGUAAAUGAUAUAAUCAUCAAACCCAAUGAUCGCCAUAAUCUUUUGUGCCCAGAAACUGUGGAAUCAUUGUUUGUGUUGUAUAGUAUUAUUGAAGAUCCAAAGUAACGUGAAUGGAGCUGGCAGAUCUUUGAGGCCUUUGAAAAAUAUACAAAGGUGGAUUCUGGAGGUUAUACUUCUUUGGAUGAUGUCACAGCUAUGGUCCCUCGAAAAAGAGACAAGAUGGAGACUUUCUUCUUGGGGGAAACAUUGAAGUAUUUAUAUUUAUUGUUUGGAGAUAAUAAUGUUCUUCCUCUUGAUAAGUUUGUAUUCAACACAGAAGCCCAUUCUUUUCCAGUUAACUGAUCUGGCUAGCCUCAAUACUCCAGCAAACCUUCUAAGUAUAUCUUGACAAUGCAAGCUUGGGGAUACUCUGUUAUCUCGGGACCUGAGGAAAGUCAGCCAUUGUCUUAUUGACUUGCCAAAAUGAUUGACAUCUAUAUGGUUAUCAGAUUAGUUUCAUGGGAUUUCUGGCAGUGGACAGGUUGUAGAAUAUACUGACAUCAAGAUUCCUCACAUGAAUACGUGUUAAAAGUGGACAUCAAGGAAGUGAUUAUCCACACUCAGAGUUCCAUACAACAUUAUUCAUUAAAUCUGGGUUAUCACUGCAUCCAGUCAAAGCUGACAAAAUCAUUGUUUAUUAGGUGCUGGAUUUUCUCUUUUUAUUGUGAACCAAGUAGUCAGAUGUAACCACAAUAUAGAUUGGCAGUUUAAUUGCUGGAGGUAUUGAAAUUUA